ACGUCUGAUGAGGACGGAGACGGCAGCGGCGACAGCCGAGGUGACACCCCCAGUAGUGUCCCCGGAGGUACCUGCCAACAAGAAAAAGAGGACCAGGGACCAGACACCUGAGACGAGGGACGCGCCGACGACUACGGAGGAGCCAGCACCCCGCGAGGCCCCCAGUAGCUGCCAGGCGACCCAGACCCCACGGAUCUACACCUUCAGUGAGGGCGAGCUGGUGGAUCUUCUGAUCCGCUACGAGCACCUCACUGAGCAAGAGGAGGAGGCCAGGUUCGAGAGGAUCCCGCACGAGACAGCCCUCCCCUUAGUGAGGAGGACACUCCGUGAAGGGAAGCCGCUCCCUGCCUCCAUCUGCACGGCCCGCCCACUGGGUAACCCCCCACGCCACUUCGACCACAAGCAGGAGGUUGAGUGGGCGACAUAUGAGGAAGAAGACGUCUCGGAGGACGAGGUCGACGUCGGAGGCGUGGACGAAGACCUCUUCCUGAAUGCAGACAGGGACCUCACCGACGAGGAGCUUGCAAGCUACUACGCCGGUGACCUGUGAUUAAAAAGACAUUUCCCCCACGUGUAAUUUUGAUAG